AUGCGCGGUAACUUGUACAGCCGGGGAUUUGACCCCAUGAAGUCGCGCUCCGAGCGGCGCAAGGAGAAGCAAGCGAAGCUAGCCAAAACAAAACGUGUUAUUCGGCUCAAGAGGCGACUGGGCCGCAUCGCGGCGCGCAAGUUCGCUGGUCAAGAAGACAGUCACAUGACAGCGCUGAUGGAAUCGUACAUACUCCGCCGCAAGGCGGAGCGGGCGGCGGAGAAGGCGAAGGAGGCAUCAAAGGAUGGCACUGGGGGUCCCGGCGAAACCGGUCUGGCGGGAGAGGGUAGUGGCGCGGAGGAGAGCGAGAUGGAUGAGGACGAGGGUAGCGACUCCUCUUCGCUUGACAGCGGGGCGGACAGCGCGUUCGAAGUGCAUGACGCUGACGACGACGGGGAGGAAGAGGAUAUCUCUAGCUCCCGGCGUCGUGCUGUGCAACGUAAGCAAGCAGGCUUUGCUCGUGGUGGUACUGCUCCACGCAGGGGUGGCGCAUCUUUGGCAGCGAAAAAGGAUACUACUGCACCCGGCGGCAGACACGGACGUGGUGGCGGUGCUGGUCGUGGCAGACAGGGUUUUCGCGGUGGCCACUUAGCUCAGCGCGGCGGUCGCGGCAGCGCCCGUGGCGGUCAGAGUGCGCACAAUCGCCAGAAUACGAGUAGAAACGCAAGCUGUCAUCAGCGGUCUCCCAAGGUGCCCACUCGCUCCCUCUACUGA